CAGUCGAGGCUUUUUGUUCCCCGUCUUCUUCCAUUUUCUCUUUCCUGUCUCCAAUAAACUAAUAAAAUAAUAUAAUUUAAAAUAUAAUUUAAAAAAAUGGUACAAUCCACCUCUGACGCAUCGCUCGUCAACCAGGAAGUGAAAACUGAUCCGGUGUUAAAGUGUGAAUGGCUAGUUAGGUGUGUUACCAGUCUUCAAACGGACAGGUAUCCCGCUGUAUAAAUCAGAGCGAUGUCUCCUGAUGAGCUGGUGUACCUGGGAGUCCUUGCUGCUUCCAUCCCUGUUGGGUUCCUCUUCCGGUACCUCAGUCCACCUGUGAAGCAGGGUGCAGCUCUUCUUCUGGGCCUGUCCAUCACUAUCGCCACCUGCCACAUCCACACACUCCACUCCCUGGUGACCGUGAUCGGAACAUGGAUUAUUAUCAAAAGCAGCUGGAGGCACGCCCCAGCGCUGAGCCUCGGCUGGACCUUUCUCUACCUCCUCUUCUUCCGCCUGGUCACUAAGUUUGGUCUGCCAUCACCAACACCUUUCGCCAACGCCGUCCAGCUACUUCUCACGCUCAAGAUGGUGAGUCUGGCCAAUGAGGUGCAAAGCUUCCACGUGGAGAAGAAGAAGGACGUGAGCUCCUUUGCAAAGUCCCCCGUCGUUGGCGGUCUGUCGCAGGAGCCUUCCAUCUACGACAUUUUGUCAUAUAGUUACUGUUAUGUCGGUAUAAUGACAGGCCCUUUCUUCCGCUUCCAAACAUACAUUGACUGGGUGAGGCAGCCGAGCCCGCUGGCGCUCCCCGGUUUGACGCCAUGCCUGCAGCGCUUGAAGCUGGUUCCUGUCUAUGGCGCUCUGUUCCUGGCUGUCAACUCUGUCUUUCCGCUGGCCUACGUUCGUACCGAGGACUUCUUGGAUCAAAACGUUUUCUAUAGGAUGUUCUACAUGGUAGCAAUAUUCUUCGUAUUUAGAAUGCGUUUCUAUUCAGCGUGGUGCGGCGCUGAGGCUGGCUGUAUCAGUGCCGGCCUGGGCUGCUAUCCAGAAAAAGCUCUUUCCAAACCUGGAGGAGGACCUACUGUCGACUACAGUCCUGAUCCCACCACGGAGGAGAAAUAUGACUUCAAAACCAUCCAGAACAUCGACUGUUACAACACUGACUUCUGUGUGAAGGUCCGACAUGGCAUGCGUUACUGGAACAUGACAGUGCAGUGGUGGCUGCAUCACUACAUCUACCCCAACGCCCCCUUCAAAGCCUACACACUCAGGGCUGGCUGGACCAUGUUCAUCAGUGCUUACUGGCACGGACUGCACCCUGGCUACUACCUCUCUUUCCUCACCAUCCCCCUGUGCAUCGCAGCAGAGUCUGCCAUGGAGGCUUCGGUCCGAGCUAAACUGGGUCCACGUGGGCAGAACAUCUUCGACUGGGUUCACUGGUUCUUGAAAAUGAGGGCCUACGACUACAUGUGCAUGGGCUUCGUGCUGCUGAACGCCCCUGACACCAUCAACUACUGGAUGUCCAUCUACUUCAUCGUGCAUGUCAUUGCUGUUUGCUGUAUACUAGUGGGCAGGGUCCUAAAGGGAGGGAGGAAGGAAGGGAGGAGAGGGGAAAAAGAAGAGAAAAGAGAAGGCGAAAAGAUAGAUAAUGAUAAAAAGAAAAGUGGAGAAAAAACAGACUGAAAGGAGGUGCAAGGAAAUAAAAACUGGUUAGAUCAUUUUUGGGAGAGGAGGAGGAGGAGGAGGUUGCUGCAAGAGCAGAAUUUCAAACGCUGAUUUCAUCAACGCUUAUCUUCCUAACAAGAAAGCUCACACUGGUCCAAGAGAAAAGUUCAAAUCUAGUUUAGUUAAAAAACACAGAUAAAAGUGCAUUUCAUAUAAACAUAUUCAUACAAAUGCUGUGAACAGUGGAAGAGGAAUCUUUGAGCUCCGUGAAUGCUUUUACAGUGUAAGUGGCAGCUGGUCUGUAAACGGUUACAGUGCAGCAGAUAUCUUAACAUUACAGAAGAAUCUUUCAUACGUGGAUACAAGCACCAAAACUUUCUGUUUCUCUUUUGAUAAAGCCUGUUAGCAGUUUCAACAUUAUUUUUUAACAUGAAAUCAAACUGAGUAACCCUUUUUGCUGGUGUAGAAGUCGACUUUGAAAGUGCAGGAUCCCAGUAGUAGUAUCAUAUAAGGAAAGCUACUUUUGGCUACUCCCUUAUUCGUGAGAGGUCACCACAGCAGGUGUCUGAUUGGCAGAUUUUUAUGCCGGGUUGCCUUUCUGAUGGAGCCAAACCACAAUUUGUACCAUAAAUCCUUUUGUUUUUUUUGUUCUUCAAAAAUAUUGUGCCAACAGGUGUAUAGGAUUUUAGUAGUAGUAGAGGUAGAUUCUGGAUGGACUCCUUGCACUCCUCACUUACACGACCGCCAUCUAUGAGUCCACGACCCUGGCUGGGCCAGGUGUUAAGUGGGUCGUCUAGUAUUAGAAAUGUCAGGAGGCUCAACCUCCAGUCCACACGUUGGACAAGAUACUGAGCACAGAUGCAUCCAUCUACGAUUCCAUCUACAAUGAAAUGCUUGCAAGGUUACCUUUACCUAUUGCAGUUAUCACCAGACUAUUAGAGCAAUGUGUAGCUCGGACACAUACAUGAUUCACUAAAUCUGUUUCUAUAUGUAGCAAAACUAACAUAGAUAAAGGUUCAUACUUACCAGCUGUGUCUGUAAGACAUGGAAGUGGGUUCAGUCCCUUCAGUGUCCAUAUGUUGCUGUUAUAAGUGUGUUAUUGCAAUUGUCUUUCAAGUAAAACAUUGAAAUUCUGUGGUUUAAAAAGAAAAAAAGGACCGCUGUUUCCUCACCUGGAAGUGAUGGAUAAUACAAGUGGCGCAUGGGAUUUUUUAAAGUUAAGCGCACCAAAAGAAGCAAAGACCCAGAUUUCAGUGCUUGUAUCCACAUCUGAACGAUUCUUACCAUUACCUGCUGCGCUAGUAAUCCAAUCCUGUCACCUGUAUGUGGUCUUGAUAGUAUUUCAUGGCACCAAGUCCAGGUAUAAGCAGUUUUGCAUUGUAUUCCUAAUCAAACGAGGUGUAUGGCACGUUGAGAUCCUGGCUACAGCCUGUAUUAGAAUGAUGAAUGACUAGUUUUAUGAUAGAGAGAACCUAAUGAGUGUGUCAUUAGUUCAACUAUUGUGGCCUGUCUGAUAAGAAUUGACCUUUGUAUUCCUGCCUAAUUAAAUUAGGACCUCAUUAACUGUUUUUGGUAACAUGUUAUAUGUUAUAUACACACACGCACACACUAUAAGUUCUAUUAUUUUGUAAGCCGAACAUGUGUCCUAAAUUUUAAUCCUGUAAAUUCCUUUUUUUUUCUUUUUUCUUUUUUUUGCAUUAGUCCCCCUCACUGUUUUGCUCAUAGCUGUAAGCAGUUUAGAUCAUAUCAGGAGCAUCUCCACUGCAUGCUGUUGUAUCCAGUGAAAGGUGUGCCAUGUAAAUGAUAGCAACAGUCCGUUCACUGCCAAAAUCUCUGUACUGCCAUCAUGUAACAUUCUGGGUAGGGACCAAACAUUUGAUGUGAAGAGUCACAAUUUUCUAUAAGCUGCCAGUGUUUGUCACUGAUAACAGCACAGCUAGGAUUGGGGGAUAUUGUCAAGAAAGCUCCUAAAAUAAAUUCAGGAGCCAAUCUCAGCUGACUGCAAGAGGUGGGGAACACCCUGAGCAUGUCUCAACUGUUAAUUCUCUUCAAGGCAGCGAUGAUGUUUUAGAGAGGCCAUAUUUUCAUUUUUUGUGAUACAAACAUUCUGUAAUAUUGAUGUAAAACUGUUUGAUCUUCUCAGUGCACUUCAGCUGAAAGUUAAUACAUGAUGUUAUGGAGUUAUCACCAUGCCCUCACUGUUGGUUCACACUGUAUGGUCCUGAGGUUAUGAGAGUUACAAAUUAAUUUUUGUGUUGUGUUGUUUUUCUUUACCGUUGGAGAAAUGUUUCUGUUGUUGCACGUCGAUGACUGCGAAUACAAGUCCUGCUCACCGCUCGUCUCCAGGGUAUUUAUUUUAUUUCUUAGUCUGUUUUGUGUUUUUUUUGCUUUUGCGCCGGCUGUAACGUUCCCUGAUUUGUAACAGUGUUGAAAGUGCAAUACAGCUCAGCAUUUCCUCUGUGAAGAUUUAGUUUGUUAUAAAGUUCAUAUUAAAGCAAACCAUUGGGACGCGGUGCUUCCUCUAAGUAAAUGUUUGUGAACCACAUCUUGUUAUUAAAAACCUUUUGUUGCUUUUGUUGUA